AUGGCUGCCAACGUCGCAACACAGAAGAAGCUCGUCCAAUCGGUCACCGUUAGGGUUCCGACCCAGACGCAUUCUUCGUCGUCGUCUUCUUCAGCGAGCCGUAGAAGCGUCUGCAGUCGCGGGUCGGGUUGUUGCUCUGUGCGCAAUCGGAUCCACUACCCGUCCAAUUUCAAGCGGAGCGCGGCUCCGGCUCGGGUCAUGUUCUUCCAGAACGGGUCCUGGAACGACUUGCCGGAUCACGUCAUUGAAAUUCUGCGUUCGGGUUUCGUGGAGCGCAAGGCGGUGGUUAGCGUUGAAAUUGAGGGGUCAACUUUCUUGUUUGACUUCAUGCGGAUGUUGCAGAUUGAUUCGGGCACUGGAGCUCAGAGAUCGAUUGCUUGGAUUGACGAAAACGGCAAGUGUUUUUUCCCCGUGGCGUUUGUUUGCGAGGAUUUGAAGGACGGGUCGGAUAGUCUGGAUAGUCCGAAGAGAAGUAUCGAUAAUCGGGUUGUCGUCCCGGGUCGGGUUUUGGGUAAGAGAAAGACAGAUGAGGUCGAUGAAGACGAAGUGACCUCGUCGAUACGGCAGCGUAUUGUGGACAAGAGUUCACCGUGGCCAAAUAUGAAGUUGUUGAAAGAAGGAGAAAAGCCUUACGCUGUUGGGAGCCAGGUGUUUCUCUCAGGGAUGAGAAGGGUUGAUCCAGCGGCUGCUGUGACUUCAAUUCAUCAGUGUGUUCGAACUGGGCCGUUGGAUAGGGCCCGCUACGAGGUCUUUCAAAAGCAAGUUGAGAUGACCAAGGUGGCUCGGGGCGUUGCCAAUGUGGUUCAUGCUUGGUACGGCGCUUCGGCUAGCGAAAUAAGAGGCAUUUUGACACAUGGUUUUGGCGGGCCUAGCAAGGUUUCUGGGCCUCAGUCUCGUGGUGUUGGUCUUCACCUGUCACAUUUAUCAGCACCUCACCUAAGUGCUGGGCGGUCGGAGCCGGAUGAUAAUGGCGAAAAACAUAUUAUUUUGUGCCGGGUUAUAUUAGGCAAUGUUGAAAAAGUUGAGGCAGGGUCUCAACAAUGCCACCCUUCUAGUGCAGAAUUCGAUACGGGUGUAGAUGAUCUUAGGAAUCCUAAGUGGUAUGUGGUAUGGUCCACCAAUAUGAAUAGACAUGUUCUUCCUGAUUGUGUUGUGAGCUACAGAUCAUCUGUUCGUGUGCCAGCUCAAAUGGGAAGACUUUGCUCUAUUGACGCAUUGGUUUCGAGGGUUCAGAAAUACCUUACUCCUUCUAAAGUUGAGGAACUGUCCUCUCUGGUGUGCGAUUUGAAGGUUGGAAAGCUUGCAAAAAGUGAUUUCGUAAAACAGUUUCGAUCAGUUACUGGGGACCAAUUGAAGCCAUCUGUUAUUCGGGAGUUGCGUGGCUAG